UUACACCAGGAAGCAUUGUGUAGCAAAACCCUAAAGAUGGACAAUAUUAUGAAUGUGGUAAUAAAAACUGUUAAUUUCAUCAGAGCAAAGGGGCUCAACCAUCGGCAAUUUGAGGCCUUUUUAUCUGAAAAAGAUAUUCCUCACAGUCUACCCUACCACACCGAAGUUCGCUGGUUGAGCAGGGGAGCCGUGCUCAAACGUUUCUUUGAACUGCGCUCAGAAAUCAGUCAGUUCAUGAAAGACAAGGGAAAACCAAUGACUGAGCUGGAUGACCCCGAGUGGGUUCGUGAUCUUGCUUUUAUGGUGGACGUAACCGAGCACUUAAAUGUGCUCAAUACUAAGAUGCAAGGCCGCAACAAAGUCGUAACUGAAUAUUACGACUGCAUUCGCGCAUUUGAGAUGAAACUAGAUCUGUGGGCGACACAGCUUUCCCAUGGUAACCCAGCUCAUUUUCCCUCUUUAAAAUCUGUGCACACCGCUCACGACAAAGACAACAUGGACAGAUACAAAGAAAAAAUUGUUGGUCUGCAGAAUGAGUUUCAGAAUCGCUUCCAGGUCUUCAAUGAACUUGAGAAGGAAUUCUCUCUCUUCCGUUCACCGUUUACUGCGAGCGCAACAGAUGUACCGGAGGAACUUCAAAUGGAGCUAAUCGAACUGCAGUGCAACACACCUUUGAAAGACAAAUUCACAUCAGUCACUGUGGAUUUAUUUGACCAAAACCUCAGACCGACGUUCCCCAAAAUGACAGGUUUUGCGUCCAAAAUCCUCAGCAUGUUCGGGACUACAUAUCUCUGUGAGCAGGCAUUUUCUGUAAUGAACAUUAACAAGUCCAACCUGCGCUCUCGACUCACACACAGACAUCUAAAUGACAUUAUGAGAGUGGCAACGGCUCAAAAACUGGUUGCUGAUGUUGAUGCACUGGUUGAAGAAAAGAGAUGUCAGGUGUCAGGAAGCAGAAAUUAA